AUGGAUAUUUCGUAUCAGUAUUCUAAGAAACGAUGCCGUUUCGGUGGUCAGCCUCAGUUCUGCGAGCAGGGCCCGGAGAUGUGCGACAGCAUCACCACGAACGUCGUCGAGCACAAGAACUUUAUCCUGCGGAACCCCGUGCACCAGCCCACGCAGCACACUCCUUUCUAUUCUGAAAACAACGCUAAUACCAUCAGAUCGGACUACAGCUCAUCAGGAGCGAACCACGCGGAAGGUGGGUGGCCUAAAGAUGUCAGCGUCAUCGAUCCCGAAGCCACACAGCGGUACCGACGUAAAGUUGAAAAAGAUGACAACUACAUCAACUGCGUCAUGUCCACUGCUCCGGAGAUGGAUCAUUACGUGCUCCAAAACAACGCCAUCGACAUGUACCGAACGUACUAUGCAGAAAUGCCAUCUAUGCCAGAACUGGAACGCAUCAGCUGUCGCACUGUGAACGUGUAUCGCGACGGUGAUGGAACGGAAGCGACGCGACCGGUCAGCUCCAUAUGCUGGCAGCCUGAUGGCGGCCAACGCUUCGCAGUCACCUACAUCGACGUGGACUUCAACCGCAACGCGCGAGCGCCCAUUGUCUCUUACAUUUGGAACUUGGAGAACGCGAAUCAACCAGAAGUAACGUUCACACCACCAUGCCCGCUCUUAGAUUUGAUAUAUAAUCCUCGUGAUCAAAACCUUAUGGCUGGUGGUUUGGUCAAUGGACAGGUCGGCGUAUGGGACGCACGAAAAGGCGGCGAUCCAACUCUCACAUGUCCGCCGCAUGUCGCCCAUCGAGAUCUUGUGCGAAACGUCAUAUUCAUCAACUCUAAAUCAGGACUAGAAUUCUUCUCCGGAGGAUCAGAUGGGGCCUGUAAGUGGUGGGACAUCCGAAACAUGAGUGAGCCUGUGGAAGAGAUGAUUUUAGAUGCAGUGAAGUCUUCAUUUGACGUUCAAACGAUGGCUAAAGCUAACGGUGUGACAGCAUUAGAAUUCGAGCCCACUAUGCCGACGCGCUUCAUGGCUGGAACUGAAAACGGACUUAUCAUCGGAGGCAACCGUAAAGGAAAGACACCGUUAGAGAAAAUACCUCUUAAGAUGGAAGCGCACCUGGGUCCCAUCUGGUCCCUGGAGCGUAAUCCGGGAUUUUUGAAAAAUUUUCUAACCGUUGGAGAUUGGACAGCACGAAUUUGGAGCGAGGACUGUCGCGAAUCUCCCGUACUAUGGUCUCCUCUACAUCGGCACAAGAUCACUGCUGGUACUUGGAGUCCAACUAGGUCCUCAUUGAUGCUGCUGGCUCAGUGGAACGGCACGCUAGCGACGUGGGACAUAUUGCGGCGUCAGCAUGAGCCCGUACUCACUAUGCACGUCUGUGAUGAACCGCUUUUGAGGCUCAAAACUCAUGAAAGGGGUACGCUCGUGGCUUGCGGGAGUCAGAAGGGUAGCAUUUUCAUGGUGGAACUGUCGCAAACCUUGACACAGUCUGAUAAAAACGAUAAGACAUUGCUGACAGCGAUGAAGCGCUCCAUAUAA